CCCCACAGCAGGUCACGUGGGCGUGGUGGCCGCCCAGUAACCUUUUCCUUCCCUCCUGGCGAAGCCCGGCGCGGCUGCAGCAUGUCGGACGCGGUCUCUCAGGUGCUGCUGGGCUCCGGCCUCACGGUGCUGUCGCAGCCGCUCAUGUACGUGAAGGUGCUCGUGCAGGUGGGAUAUGAACCCCUCCCUCCAACUUUGGGAAGAAAUAUUUUUGGGCGACAGGUCUAUCAGCUGCCUGGUCUCUUUGCUUACGCUAAACACAUCAUGAAGAUUGAUGGAAGGGCAGGACUCUUCAAAGGUUUGACUCCUAGACUGUGCUCAGGAGCAAUAGGCACGAUAGUGCACAGUAAAGUUUUACAGCAUUGUCAAGAAGAUGAUCAAGCUGAGGAAGUAAAGAGAAGUAGCAAAGAGUCCUCUCUGGAGAAGGUUAUUAAGGAGACUUCUCAAGAAAUGGUUGCGCGUUCUGCUGCUACGCUAGUCACUCACCCUUUUCAUGUGAUCACAUUGAGGUGUAUGGUGCAGUUCAUUGGCAGAGAGACAAAGUACAGUGGAGUGUUUAGCUCCUUUGUCACAAUUUACCGGGAAGAGGGCAUCUUUGGAUUUUUUGCGGGCCUUAUUCCCCGCCUUUUGGGAGACAUUCUUUCCUUGUGGCUCUGUAACAUGCUGGCCUACCUCAUCAAUACCUAUGCACUGGAGAAUGGGGUCUCCACCAUGACUGAGAUGAAGAGUUAUUCUCAGGCUGUCACUGGUUUCUUUGCGAGCAUGCUGACUUAUCCAUUUGUACUUGUCUCAAACCUGAUGGCCAUUAAUAGUUGUGGACUUGCUGGUGGCCUCCCCCCUUAUGCACCAGAAUACAGUUCCUGGAUAGAUUGCUGGAGCCGGCUGCACAGUGAGGGCAACAUGAGCCGAGGGAACAGUCUGUUUUUCCGGAAGGUGCCUGCAGGGAAGCGAUACCUAUGGGAGGAGAAGAAAUUUCACUGAAUCCUGGGCCUCUUGUGGCUGCCCCAGAUGCACAGAAUGAUGGCAGUGUGCUGAUUUCUAUAAAGAUUUUUUUUAAAAAAAUAAUCACUUAAUCUUGGGAAAUAGAGCUGGCUUUGAGCAUGACUUAAUGACACAGGUGUGAAGGGAAAUCUCUCAAAUCAACAGAGGGCGCUGGGGACGCUGAGGAUGUGGAAGCUCCUCAACUUGGAAAACAGUUGCUUGUUCUCUUGUGAAGGUGCGAGUCAUUAGUCGUCUCCUAAGAGGAAGGAUACCCGUUUAACUGCCUUCCUCCUAAAGGGGGCUACACCAUCCUACUGCUACUGUGGGCUGGUAGAAAAGUAGUGUUUUCCCCUGAAAAUAAAGGCUGCCUGUGUGCUUUGUUUGGGGUGGGGUUCAUUGUGCCUUUUAUAUUUUAAUUAAUUUGGGGAAUGUGGACCAAUCAUUUUCCUUCUUUACCCAGGUGUGACAUCUUUCUUCCCUCCAGAUUUAUAGAGGCAAAUCACCUUGCCUACAUUCAAAAAGUGAUUCCUGCUUGAUUAUACAGAUACCUAGGCUGUUUGUGGGUAAAUACAUUUUUUGUCACUGAGAAAGGGUGCUUCCAAGCCUUCCUAGUAACACUUCUGAGGCAGUUUGUGACAGUGGCCACAGAGACAUGCUACCAUUAUAUAUGGCUCUUUCUGAGAGCGUCAUUCAUGUUCAGCCACUUAUCAUGUGGACUGGGAUAUUAUGAGGCCUUGUAUAAAAAUGGCCACAGUGUAGAUUAAUCUAGAGCAAUCUCUGUGUGGCCUCUAAUAUAUAAAUCAGUAUUGAGUGGCCAAGGUGCUGAAACACCUCACCUUCUACAUUGGUAUUGAUGUAGAAGUACUGAAUGAACUGAAACGCUGCAAGCACUCAUCUUCUGAAACUGGUUACUCUGUCCAGUGGUUCAAAGCUAUCCCUUGGAUCCAAGGAGCUUUGAAAAAGAUUGAGUUAUCUUUCCAUCUGCCUGCUGAUGAAACCAGUGAUGGUGCAGGAUGUGGUGGGCCAGCCCUCUAUGCUAUCAGGGAACUACUGUUAGCAUUUUUUUUGUAUUAGUAAAGAUGUAGACAGUUCUAUCAGAGGCCAUAAUUGAUUUAGGCUUUCAUUAUUGUCUUACCAGUCAAUUAAGGCCCAGACCUGAUGCUACCUCUGGCAUGUCAGGGUUUCCCUGGUCUGAUUGCCCCACUUGCACAACCAGAUGUGAUGUUAGGGAACUGAAACUUCCAGGCCUUCUCCCACUUGGGAUCAUGGUUUUCCUAAUGUCACAUUUGCCUGUGCAAAAAUCAGUCAGGUUGGGGCAACUCUGACUUGACAAACUUGACAUCAUGUCUAAUUUGGACCUGAGGAUAGCACUUUUAAGUUCUAAACCCCACAACCGUAAUUGCUUGUCCGCUCUGCUUCCUAAUUCCUUAUACCUUGUAGCAGGGUCCUUUUUAUUCUCUGGCAAGAUUUUAAAGCAAGGACAUUCAUGCUAAGGAGUUCAGAACCUGUGAGAGGGAUGUUUGUAGCUGCAUCCUAUGAUGAUGUAUGUUUGUCUUGUAUUAGAUCCACAGGUACUGAUCUGCGGAACUAUAGUUCCUUUGAGGGUGGAGUGUGUUCAGCUGAUUCCUGCCUCCUGUAUGUCUAGUGGGAAUUCCUUCAGUCCUGGGGCAAAAAUGUGCGGGGCUCAUCAGUGGGGAAGUGGCCAAGUCCUUCUCAGAAACUCUGGAACUUUAGUUGGAUUUCUAACUACAUACUUUCCUUUCUUAGACCUUAACCUUGUUCUCUCUCUACCUGAUGUUUAGUGACCAGUAAAGAUUUUAUUAUUUGUGA